AUGACCUUCUGCAGCUUGAUUGUAGCUUUUGUUAUAGUGUGGCUACCUGCUCCACCAAAUCUAACCAGUGUGUCUGUGCCUUUCCCCAUUGCCAUCUCCUCCUCUGCCUCCCCUUUCUCCACGCCCUGUCCUGUCCUCUGUCAGGCCCUCUAUGACCUAAUGAGGGUACUGAUCAUAGCAUCCUCUGCUGCCUCUGUACCCUCCCCUGCCAGCUUUGGACACAUCCUGACUCUUCUACCAGGAGGGGCUCUGUGGUGGAGGGAUCUCCCACAAAUCAUUCGAUAUUGGGGCUCGCGGUCGGGCCCAGGAGGAGCCGCCACCAUUGCGUCCAACGAGUGGAGUGCCAACGGUAGCCCAGAAGAUGGGCUGGACGGGGACAAUGAGGACAAGACCAUUGACGGGGACGCUGAGGGGGUGUGGAGCCCAGAUAUUGAGCAGAGUUUCCAGGAAGCCCUUGCCAUCUACCCACCCUGUGGCAGGAGGAAAAUCAUCCUGUCAGAUGAAGGCAAGAUGUACGGUCGGAAUGAGUUGAUAGCGAGGUACAUCAAACUGAGAACGGGAAAAACCAGAACAAGAAAACAGGUGUCUAGUCACAUACAGGUGUUAGCGCGGAAGAAAGUGCGUGAAUACCAGGCGGGUAUCAAGGUUUCUAGCCACUUGCAGGUUCUCGCCCGGAGAAAAUCUCGCGAGAUCCAGUCAAAGCUAAAGGCAAUGAAUUUGGAUCAGGCAUCCAAAGACAAAGCCUUGCAGAACAUGGCCGCGCUGUCAUCUGCACAGAUCGUCUCUCCGAGUAUGAUGAAGAACCAUCUCCCCCCUCUGCCUCCUGCUCCCUACCAUCAACAAGCCAGAUUCUAUCCUGCUCCAAUCCCAGGACAACCUGGAACCUCUCAGGAGCUGGUUCUAGAGCUCAACCCGGGAAGGACUCCUGGGCUCGGCCGCACCAGCCACGCUAUCAAACCUUUUGCACAGCCUCCUUACGCAACCAUACCAGGUCCUGUACUGCAGCCCAUGAAUUAUGAGCCCUUGGCACCGCCUCCACCACCGACAGCAACUGCAGUGCCAGUGUGGCAGGAUCGGACCAUCGCAUCCUCCAAGCUACGGAUGCUGGAGUACUCAGCCUUCAUGGAGGUUCAGAGAGACCCAGAUAACUACAGCAAACACCUGUUUGUCCACAUCGGACAGACCAACCCGUCCUACAGUGACCCACUCCUAGAGGCUGUGGACAUUCGGCAGAUCUAUGACAAGUUCCCUGAAAAGAAAGGCGGACUCAAAGAGCUUUAUGAGAAAGGCCCUCAGAAUGCAUUCUUCCUUGUUAAAUUCUGGGCGGACCUGAAUAGCGGCGGAAUGCAGGAUGGCCCUGGUUCUUUUUACGGCGUCAGCAGCCAAUACAGCAGCGUGGAAGACAUGAUCAUCACCGUCUCGACCAAAGUCUGCUCGUUCGGAAAGCAGGUUGUAGAGAAAGUCGAGACAGAGUAUGCCCGUCUGGAGGGAGGAAAGUAUGUUUACAGGAUCCACCGCUCUCCCAUGUGCGAGUACAUGAUCAACUUUAUCCACAAACUCAAACACUUGCCUGAAAAGUACAUGAUGAACAGUGUUCUCGAAAACUUCACAAUACUACAGGUGGUGACAAACCGUGACACCCAGGAGACGUUGCUCUGUAUAGCAUUUGUUUUUGAAGUGUCCACAAGUGAACACGGAGCUCAGUAUCACGUCUACAGACUUGUAAAAGACUAACAGCCCUUCAAGAAGGUUUUGGGAAAACACAGACACAAGUUGUGACACAAUCUGUUUCUCUGACCAGCUGAACCCUCCAGGAAAAAGCAAAGCACCGCUCAGACAAACAAACAAUGCUCGCUCCGAGUCACACGGACACAUCACUAAAGGCGCGUACGCACGGACAAUCUCGGCUGACGGAAGAAAAUUGGAAGAAUUUCGCCGUUUUCUAGCAACCACUUUCCACAUGUGUGUGAGGCCGCUUUUGAUGAAGUGGAAUGUCAAGGUAGUAGGAAUGUUUUAUGGCGGUGGGGGAUGAGGAUGUGUUUUAAGUGUCCAUGGGAACACACUCUAUGCAAAACGAAACGUCUGUGCCAGUUUGAGAAGUGAAACAGGACCACGGAAGGUGAAAACCAAGUGGGAUUGUAAGUUGGUUUGUUUUAGAAAGUGCCUUUUCUCCAAAGAUUAAAUCCAUGUUCGGCCACUUAGGAUGUUUUAUUUUUUUUUUUUUUACUACCUCUUGUUUUAAUU